UGGAUCAUGGAUCAUCAUCAUGAUCUGCUGCUGUUGCUGCUGCUGCUGUGGAGCUCAGGAGCCCAGGCUGAAGAGAAGUCAACAGAGUCUGAUGAUUUCAGGCUUGUGGGAGGAGCCAGUCGCUGUGCAGGAAUACUGGAGCUGAAACAUCAGGGAGAGUGGAGAGCAGUGAAGGGCGAUUCAUGGACCCGGAAGGAAGCAGCUGUUGUCUGUGAACAUCUGGACUGUGGCUUUCCUGUUUCUGUUGGAAGAAGAGAGGAUGCCUCGAGUAGACCAACGACGUGGUGGAUCAGUCGGGACUGUCUUCUGUCUCGAUCUCCUCUGGGGCAAUGUGCAGUGUCUUGGGAACUGCCACCUACCAGCAUCUUUGACAUAACCUGUUCAGACUCUGUCAGGCUGCUGAAUGGUUCCAGUCUGUGUUCAGGCAGACUGGAGGUGAAGUCUGACCAGAGCUGGUCCUCAGUGUGUGAAGCUGACUUUGACCAGCAGGAUGCAGAGGUGGUCUGUAGGGAGCUUUGCUGUGGGCCUCCUUCGGUCCUCCAGGGGGCGCUGUAUGGAGAAGUGGAGGCUCCAGUGUGGAGCAAAGAGUUCCAGUGUGGAGGCCAUGAGUCUGCUCUCCUGGACUGUAGAAGCUCAGGCUCAGCUAGAAACAGCUGCUCACCUGGCAAAGCUGUUGGACUCACCUGCUCAGACGGUGAGGAUGUCAGGUUGGUGGGAGGAGCCACCCACUGUACAGGAACACUGGAGCUGAAAUAUCUGGGAGAAUGGAGAACAGUGGAAGCCAUUGAGUGGACCCGGAAAACAGCUACUGUUGUGUGUGAACAGCUGGACUGUGGUUAUGUUGUUUCUUUAGGAAAAAGGACGGGUGCAUCAAGCAGAUCUGUGUGGAGCAUCAGUGAUACGUGUAUUCAGCUUGGAUCUACUCUGCAAUACUGUGCAUCAGCUUCGUUUUCUACGUCCAUUUUUGAUGUAACCUGCUCAGACUCUGUCAGGCUGCUGAAUGGUUCCAGUCUGUGUUCAGGCAGACUGGAGGUGAAGUCUGACCAGAGCUGGUCCUCAGUGUGUGAAGCUGACUUUGACCAGCAGGAUGCAGAGGUGGUCUGUAGGGAGCUCGGCUGUGGGCCUCCUUCGGUCCUCCAGGGGGCGCUGUAUGGAGAAGUGGAGGCUCCAGUGUGGAGCAAAGAGUUCCAGUGUGGAGGCCAUGAGUCUGCUCUCCUGGACUGUAGAAGCUCAGGCUCACCUAGAAACAGCUGCUCACCUGGCAAAGCUGUUGGACUCACCUGCUCAGACUCUGUCAGGCUGCUGAAUGGUUCCAGUCUGUGUUCAGGCAGACUGGAGGUGAAGUCUGACCAGAGCUGGUCCUCAGUGUGUGAAGCUGACUUUGACCAGCAGGAUGCAGAGGUGGUCUGUAGGGAGCUCGGCUGUGGGCCUCCUUCGGUCCUCCAGGGGGCGCUGUAUGGAGAAGUGGAGGCUCCAGUGUGGAGCAAAGCGUACCAGUGUGGAGGCCAUGAGUCUGCUCUCCUGGACUGUAGAAGCUCAAGCUCAGCUAGAAACAGCUGCUCACCUGGCAAAGCUGUUGGACUCACCUGCUCAGAUGUUGAUCAUGUCAGGUUGGUGAGAGGAACCAGUCAUUGUGCAGGCACACUGGAACUGAAACAUCUGGGAGAAUGGAGACCAGUGAAAGCCAUUGACUGGACACUGAAGACAGCAGCAGUCCUCUGUGGAUAUCUGGAUUGUGGCUCUGCUGUUUCCAUAGAACAAAACUUGAGCUCUUCAGUUCGAUCUGCUUGGGAAAUUACUGCUGACUGUUUUCAAAAUGGAUCUUCUCUGAGGCAGUGUGCAACAUCAGAUGACUCAAUGUAUUUUGUAAAGCUUAACUGUUUAGACUCUGUCAGGCUGCUGAAUGGUUCCAGUCUGUGUUCAGGCAGACUGGAGGUGAAGUCUAACCAGAGCUGGUCCUCAGUGUGUGAAGCUGACUUUGACCAGCAGGAUGCAGAGGUGGUCUGUAGGGAGCUCGGCUGUGGGCCUCCUUCGGUCCUCCAGGGGGCGCUGUAUGGAGAAGUGGAGGCUCCAGUGUGGAGCAAAGAGUUCCAGUGUGGAGGCCAUGAGUCUGCUCUCCUGGACUGUAGAAGCUCAGGCUCAGCUAGAAACAGCUGCUCACCUGGCAAAGCUGUUGGACUCACCUGCUCAGAGCCUGAUGAUAUCAGGUUGGAGGGAGGAGCCAGUCGCUGUGAUGGAAGACUGGAGAUAAAACAUCUGGGAGAGUGGAGACCUGUGGACGGCUCUGACUGGAUCCUGAAUGAAGCAGCUGUUUUCUGCAAACACUUAAACUGCAGCUCUGUGGUUUCUGUAGAAGUGAGAGAUAACUCCUUUUACAACCAGACGUGGUUUCUCAAUCAAGGCUGUGUUCGGUCUCGAUCUGAUUUAAGGGCGUGUGCAGCAUCAGGAUUCACUUACAGCAUCCUGCAUCUUACCUGCUCAGCCAAGCAGCACACAGGAGGACCCUGAGCUGACUGUGACCUCCAUGUUUGUGCUGCUGAAGAUGACGAAACUCGGGAAGCAAAGGAAAACCUCUAAAGAGCUCAUCUCAUGUCUCAAUGAAUUUCUUAGCUGACAAAAACCCCAUAAUCUUUAUGUCUGAUGUAAUUAGCAUUUUUGGACAUUAAUUAUUC